ACAGAAAAUGUCAGGAAGAGGCAAGACCGGAGGAAAGGCCAGAGCGAAGGCCAAGACUCGCUCAUCCCGUGCCGGGCUCCAGUUCCCCGUCGGCCGUGUCCACAGGCAUCUGAGGAAGGGUAACUACGCUCAUCGUGUCGGUGCCGGAGCCCCGGUGUACCUGGCCGCUGUGCUGGAGUACCUGACCGCUGAGAUCCUGGAGCUGGCUGGAAACGCCGCCCGGGACAACAAGAAGUCCCGGAUCAUCCCCCGCCACCUGCAGCUCGCCGUCCGCAACGACGAGGAGUUGAACAAGCUGCUGGGAGGAGUGACCAUUGCUCAGGGCGGUGUACUGCCUAACAUCCAGGCUGUGCUGCUGCCCAAGAAGACCGAGAAGCCCGCCAAAAAGUGAACACCCUGAACCCGCUUCACCCAACACCCCAAAGGCUCUUUUAAGAGCCACCCACAUCUCUUGAAAAGCAAAUUAUUUGUGUCAAACAAAGAUAGUUUUAGACAGUACAACUGCAUCAACAUUGUCUGCUCUGCACAGUUACCACUUAAAACUACAAUACACUGUUGCAUGCCUUUGAUUGUGUGAAGUAGUACAUAUUUAUUAGGUGAUGCAUUUUACAAACUGAAAUUGAUCAAUUAAAUCAGGAAUCAUUAUAUAAUAUUCAUACAACAUCUGAACUAGAUCAGAGGAAACUUGGCUCAAGCCAUUAAAACCAAGCAAAUUCAAAGUAAAUUCAUCAAAUGUAUAAAAAAUCAAGAAGGUUGUAUUGUGUAUAAUGAAAAACAGAAACGAGAAGUGAUAAGAGAUUUAUGUUCUGAAGCAAAUAAAAAAAAUAGACAUUGAAACGGACUGUGAACAAACUGUUGGGAACAAUCCCUCCGU